GUUUACCAGAGGCUCUAUUUGGUCUGUUACAAUCUAUUCUAGGCGGUUAACUUAGCAUAGCGUAGCCUGAGGUGACUAGAGAGUGGAGCGUCAGUUCCGCUGGAUAGGUGACGUGUUUCCGGUCUAGUUGAGCAGGGUAAACACUGCGGAGCUACAGAGUUCACUACAGAUUUCGCUACGUAUUUGCACUAUUUUCCACGGAUUUCUUUCUCAUACAUCUCCUGAAAAUAGCUGAGGUAUCGGUUGUGAAACAAUCGAAACCUAGAAAGGCUUACUGACUCUUUUUUAAAGGAAUAUCCCCUCAAUACCGAGGAUAUUAAGAUACUCCAGGUUUUUUUUACCUGGCUGAAGUUUGUCUCUACAAACAACUAAAAGAUUUCACAUAGAUCAGUGUUAAACUGCUCCAAUAGGUUUAGCCCAAGACACUCUCCAGUACCUGCAGACGUUGUUGGAUACAUCUAACAAUGAAGCCAGGUCCAGUCAGGGAGAAAAAUCACCACUGUUCAGAGUGUGGAAAGAGUUUUACUACACAGCAUAAUCUCACGACACACCAGCGCAUUCACACAGGAGAGAAACCGUAUCAGUGCUCAGACUGUGGGAAGAGUUUUACUCAACAGAGUAUUCUCAAAAGACACCAGCGCAUUCACACAGGAGUACAAACAUAUCCCUGCCCAGACUGUGGAAACAUCUUUACUACACAGCGUGAUCUCACAAAACACCAGCGCAUUCACACAGGUGAGAAACCAUAUCUGUGUUCAGACUGUGGGAAGAGUUUUCUUAGACCAAGACUUCUGAAUAUACACCGGCGCCGUCACACUGGAGAAAAACCGUAUCACUGCUCAGACUGUGGAAAGAGCUUUAUAUCAAGUACUCUUCUCAACAUUCACCGGCGCAUUCACACAGGAGAAAAACUGAAUCACUGCUCAGACUGUGGGAAGAGUUUUACUACACAGCGUGAUUUCAUGAUACACCAGCGCAUUCACACUGGAGAGAGACCAUAUCACUGCCCAGACUGUGAUAAGAGUUUUAUUACAAAAACUCAUCUCAAAACACACCAACGCAUUCACACUGGAGAGAGACCAUAUCACUGCCCAGACUGUGAUAAGAGUUUUAUUACACAUACUCUUCUCAACAUACACCGGCGCAUUCACACAGGAGAAAAACUGCAUGAUUGCUCAGAGUGUGGGAAGAGUUUUACUACACAGCGUAAUCUCAUGACACACCAGCGCAUUCACACAGGAGAAAAACCGUUUCCCUGCACAAACUGUGGAAAAAGUUUUAUUACACAAAGUAUUCUCAACGUACACCUGCGCACUCACACCAGAGAAAAACCGUAUCACUGCUCAGACUGUGGGAAGAGAUUUAUUACAAAUGCUCUUUUAAAUAUACACCGGCGCAUUCACACAGGAGAAAAUUUGAAUCACUGCUCAGACUGUGGAAUGAGUUUUAUUACAAAAAAUCAUCUCAACAUACACCAGCGCAUUCACACUGGAGAGAGACCAUAUCACUGCUCAGACUGUGGGAAGAGUUUUAUUGCACGUGCUCUUCUCAACAAACAUCGGCGCAGUCACACAGGAGAAAGACCACAUCACUGCCCAGACUGUGGGAAGAGUUUUAAAGAUCUAGGAACUCUACGACGACACCAGCACAUUCACACAGGGGAUAGACCACAUCCCUGCCCAGACUGUGGGAAGAGUUUUAAAACUCUAGGAAAUCUACGGCGACACCAUUACAUUCACACUGGAGAGAAACCGUAUCACUGUACAUAUUGUGGGAAGACUUUUACUACACGUACGCUAUUGAUCACACACCAGCGCGUUCACACUGGAGAAGAACCAUUUCACUGCUCAGACUGCGGAAGACGUUUUAAGCGAAUGUAUGCUCUCAAAGAACACCAGCGCAUUCACACUGGAGAGAAACCGUUUCAAUGCCCAGACUGUGGGAAAAGUUUUGUUACACGUCCUCGUCUCGACAUACACCGGCGCAGUCACACAGGGGAGAAACCCUUUCACUGCUCAGAAUGUGGGAAAAAUUUUGUUACACAUUCUCUUUUCAUCUCACACCAGCGUGUUCACACUGGAGAGAAGCCAUAUCACUGCUCAGACUGUGGGAAGAGUUUUAAGCAAAGGAAUACUCUCAAAGAACACCAGCGCCUUCACACUGGAGAGAAACCAUAUCAAUGCCCAGACUGUGGCGAGAGCUUUAUUCGACUUAGUUCUGUCAUCACACACCAGCUCACUCACAUAAAGAAGGAAGAGGAGCACAAGGGUGAGACUAGCUCAAGACAUUCAGAUACAUUAGAUAACACUCCUUCAACCAUCCCAAGCCUCAAUACAGAUAUUAAAGUAGAGUAAAGUGGCAACUGAAGACAAAGAUUCAGUGCCUUGGAGACUGGUUGGAGUACAUUGUUUUGCAGGGUGCUGAUGUUCUGCUGAAGACCAUUAUUCGGACACUUUAACGUUUUGGAAAGUGAGAUUGGUCAAAAGAGCACUAUAGAGAACUAUAGAAUAUCAAGCUAUCUGAAUGAUGUGAGCUUGAGCUCUCCUCAGAAUGGAAGCAGUUGGAAAGGUGUCAAUUUCAUGAAAACUGAGGGAGGAGCUAUUCAGCUAAAACAAUCUUGUUGUGAUAUGCAUGUGUAUGGAUGGAUUGAUGGCUAUUUUCGCUGGUACUUGUGACCAUGUGACAAUACAGGCAAUUCUAAUUCAUAUAUCUGUUAUUAGACAUUGCUGAUGUAGCCACAUACUGAUUUUUGUAUGUAGUUAUCAGUAUGAAGAUCUAAAAUGCUUUGAAUACUAAGCAUAAAAGUAUGAACAUCUGUGAUUGUAAUAUAACAAAAGUAUUAUCAUAAUGAUAUUUUCUGUUUAUAUGUAGUUAAUAUGAAUUAAUUAUUGCUUACAUCAAGUCUUUGUUAGUUGUUAGUCUCUGUGUUGUAAUUGUGUUAACCUCUUUAUAUACAUUUUCAUAUGAAUUUCCUUUUUUUAAUUGUUUCCUUAUGUUUUCCUUGUAUGUAUUUGUAAUAUUUGUUUUUUUUUAGUACAUGUUAAUGGCUAGUUUGGCUAGCCUAGUUCUGGAUUAGACGCCACAUCGAAUAGAAAUUCUUCACUGAAAGAAAAAUAAAUAGUCCAGGACUAUUGUUGUGUUCAAGUUGAGAGGUGUUUGUUUGCAAGUAAGGUUGAUGGACACUGGCCAGGCAACGUGAGUUGCGUGUUUGUAUGACAUUACAUAUAAAAUUAAGAUUGUGCAUAUUGAAAAUUGUGAAAUUGUAACUGAAAACUGUAUAAAUAAAAUGUUUAAUGUUUUUAAAUGCCUGCAAAUCAAUUUAAGCUAGAAAGUAGAAGGUAAUUAGCCCUCUAAUAUAACCACCACCAGUUGAAAUGGUCUGCACCACGUUUAUAAUACAGAAAGUACAGAAGUAUUUGAAGUUUCUAGGGCAGCAGUGACUUUGACAAUUGGGAGUAUCAUCCGGGACAUACAAUUAUUAAGGCUUCUAAAAGCUGUCAUUAAUCAGGACAACAUGUGAUCCACUCCACAAAUUCACACUCAGUAUUCAGCAGCGCUGAUGCUCCUCCAGUGGAAAAUGGACAAUCUCUAGGAUACUAUAAAUGGUGCAUGUAAAAGUGUGUAUAAAGUAAUAAUGUAUAUACUGUACAUAACCUGUGUUAAUGUGUGGUGUUUAAAAUGAUUUUUGCUGCCUCCACAUGGCCAAAAAAUAAAUGAAAUUUAUAUUUGUUUA